AGACAGCAAGAUAUCACUACCACAUGCAGCCUCGGUUCGUUACACGGUCAUCCCCGGGUCAGUGUCACUAGGAGUAUAUGAAAUUGUAGACGGUUUCUACGACUGCGACACAGAUGACGAAGUCGAGGCACUGCAAUAGUUACAAUAGUUCAAAAGCUACACUCGUACAAUACUGCUACAUACUGUAGAUCAACUCUUGAAUAGACGCUUGAAGGCUAGCUUGUGUCACACAGCCUGGAUAUAUAAAGCCCGACUCGCACGACCCUCCCACUACAUCGCCAUGGCGGUUUCCACCCGGUAGGUAGUGCCGCUCCCUGUUAUAUUCCACAGGCUGCUAAUCGACCAGCCCCGCCAGGUUCUGCGCCGCCUGUAAUGGCUGCCACGCAGCAAAGGUAUCUCUCUUCACAAUCUGACCAGACAGGCCAGGGUCUUGCUUAUUCUGUUGAUGAUCAGGUCAAAUGCAGCGGCGAGAAGAACGGCUGUCGACGUUGUCGUGCAUUGGGGACCACCUGUCGGUAUAAUAUCUCGAUGGUUGGCCGUGUACCGGGCGUGAGACAACGUCAUGGAAAGAACCACGACGGCGAUCGCCCUGAAGCCGGCUUGGCGGAUGAGGACCCGAUUAUUACCCCGUCGCUUGCUUGUGUUGCCCCUUUUCCAACCUAUCUCGCUCCAGACAGCUCUCUGGCGGUCUGCCGUCUGAUCGAACUGCUGGACGUGAGUAUCAGACGAUCCCCACCGUUAGACGAGGUGAUGAGAAUCUCUCGCGCAGCAGCGACACAACUCGAGACGGUAUUGACUGACUGGGUGAGCAGCAGCAGUGCAAGUCAUGAGUGUGUGUGUUGUGUGGCAGUCAACCUGGCCAUCAGCUUGCUGGAAACCAGCGCAACGGACAGCGUCCUCCCCAUUGUGCGGUUCGGGACGCUGACGGUGGAAGGCGAGGCGCGGCGGAGCGUCGUCCAGACGAUGGUGCGUGGAGAGGCCCAGCGCUGGCUGGAGGUGGUGGACAGACUGCAGAGGGGACAGGGGACGAUGAGCCUCCCCGGCGUACCGAGCGUGGGCGAGCAGAGCGUGGUCCGGGUCCUGAGCUUCUGGUGCGAGGAGUUUGGACGCCGUCUGGGGGGGUUAGUGUAUGGAGGAGUAUAUUAGAGUCCAAGUACAAUCAGAACCAUUCACUCUGAGUCUGUCAACACUGUCUCGAGUCUUGAGUCUACACUGUCAGCUUACAAAGACGCAAUCCAUCCCAGUAGCAGCCGGAUUGCUAUCCCUGAUCAGGACUAGCCAGUUCUUCUUAGUACUGGUACUCACACCUCAUACAAAAUAGAUCCUUCAAUAACUAUCCAGCAACCUUUAUAGAGAAAUAUUCAAUAAUAUAUUAUAGGAUAUACUCUAUAGCUAAGAUAUAAAGGC